GGAGCCCUGCGCCGACUCGAAGCGACACGCGGAGCAAGCGGCCACAGCAGCAGCAGCGGCGUGAGUCGCUAACAGCACCCCCCCCACCAACACAUCCCACAGCGCCGCUUGCUUAUAUAGACCGCGGCGAGUGAUCUACGGCGAAUAAACGGCAGCGGUUGCAGUCUAUUCUUAGGUCGCGGACUCGAAUCCGAGCGCACCCGCCGGGACAUCUUACGCUGCGCCCUCGAAUCGCCUCCUCCACCUCCUCCACCGCCGCGGCCACGAUGUCCACCCCUAGGAGGUUCACGUCGACCUUCUGGCUCGCCCUGGCCAUCGCCUUCGUCGUCGGCUUGGCCUCGGUGCACGGCCAAGGAAACCGACCGUUCUUUGAACCCUUAGACCAGUCCGAAUCGGCAGACAACCAGACCAUCGCGGUGAUCAGUCCAGUGAUGGCAUCGCCGCCGCUCGGAUCUCCUCGACUCGUGGCCCCCGCGAGCAAUUCGUCUUCUCCUUCUUCGUCGUCGUCUUCCUCCUCCUCCUCCUUGGCAUCCUCAUCGGGGCUCAGACCUCCCGGGAGACCACCUCCGUGCCCCAUCCAGAGCGGCAUGAGCCACGUGUUCAAGUACAUCAACACCAUCCUGUCGUGCGCGAUCUUCGUCGUGGGUAUCAUCGGCAACACCACGCUGCUCCGCAUCAUCUACAAGAACAAGUGCAUGCGCAACGGGCCCAACGUCCUCAUCGCCAGCCUCGCUCUCGGAGACCUCUUCUACAUCGUCAUAGACAUCCCCAUCAACGUGUACAAGCUUCACGCCGAGAACUGGCCAUUCGGUGCCACCAUGUGCAAGAUGGUGCCCUUCCUGCAGAAGGGCUCUCUGGGCAUCACCGUGCUGAGCCUGUGCGUGCUCAGCGUGGACAGGUACCGUGCGGUCGCGUCCUGGAACCGCAUCCAGGGCAUGGGCAUCCCCCUGCUGACGGCGCUCGAGGUCCUGGCCAUCUGGACGCUGUCGCUGGUGCUGGCGGUGCCCGAGCUCGUGUCCUUCGACAUGCUGUCCUGGGACUACCGCAACCGGACGCUCAACACGUGCAUCGUGAUCCCGCAGACGAGCUUCGUGGAGUUUUACACCCAAGCCAAAGACUGGUGGCUCUUCGGCUUCUACUUCUGCAUGCCGCUGGCCUGCACGGCGGUCUUCUACACGCUCAUGACCAGCGAGAUGCUCGGGAUGAAGAAUGGGAACCUUGGCGCAGCCAUCAACGAGCACCUCAAGCAGCGACGUGAAGUAGCCAAGACGGUGUUCUGCCUGGUGGUGGUGUUUGCGCUGUGCUGGCUGCCGCUGCAUCUCAGCCGCAUCCUCAAGAGGACCGUCUACAACGAGAUGGACCCCAACCGCUGCGAGCUGCUCAGCUUUCUGCUCAUGCUGGAUUACAUCGGCAUAAACCUCGCGACCCUCAACUCGUGCAUCAACCCCAUCGCCCUCUACUUUGUCAGCAAAAAGUUCAAGAACUGCUUCAAGUCCUGCCUGUGCUGCUGGUGCCAGCACAAGACGCUGCUCAACGUCACCCCGCUGGACGAGAAGCAGACGGCGCUCAAGUGGAAGGCCAUGGCGGCGCCGGGCAGCCCGCUCGACCGCAGCAACUCGCGCUCCAGCAACAAGUCCAUCCUCACCUGAGCUCAGCCGGCCGGGGGGG